GUUGGGGGGCUAGAGGGCAAGAGGUUACGCCCCUCCCCUUUGGGUCCUUCUCGUGCACCUAGUCUAACCCACUGCCUAACGGUUCUCGUCAUCCAGCUAACCUUCUAGUGCUUUCUUUUGUCGUACUCCGAAGUCUUCUUAACCUUCCGCCGCACCUCUUCCCUCAGAUUUCACACUAUCCCUGGCCCCUCACCUCUGUUCCCAGAGCUUAAGUCUUAACGGAUGAAGGAAAAAGGAGCUGUUUGAAGAAAACUCUUAAAGAAAGAAAAAGUGAAAAUAGGAGAUUUUUAUCAGAAAGUGAAGACAAGCAACAGUAUCCAUGGUAUUGUGGCAAGUGAGGUGCAGUGAAUGUAGUGAGAUCAGUUGAUGGGGAACUCUGGAGAAGAAAGUUAGUCUUCAGAGUAGCAGUGUUGUUAAAUUCAACAAAGUGUGCUGUCACAAGACACGUUGAUCUACUGAUUUCACGAUGUCCGAAAUUAGAUUCAGCAACCUCACCUGGGAUCAGCUUAUAACACUGGAUCAAGUGUUAGAUGAAGUAAUUCCAAUUCAUGGAAGGGGGAAUUUCCCCACACUGGAGGUAAAACCAAAAGAUAUCAUUCAUGUUGUGAAAGAUCAACUCAUAGAGCAAGGCAUUAUUGUUAAAGAUAGCCGAUUGAAUGGUUCCACAGCAAGUUACAUACUUGCGAGCCAUAAUGGAAUCAGCUAUAAGGAUCUGGACAUUAUUUUUGGUGUUGAAUUUCCAAGUGAUCAAGAAUUUCAGGUUGUUAAGGAUACAGUUCUAGGUUGUUUACUUGAUUUUUUACCAAAAGGUGUAAAAAAGGAAAAGAUCACUCUAAAGACCAUGAAAGAGGCUUAUGUGCAGAAGAUGGUCAAAGUUUGCAAUAAGCAUGAUCGUUGGAGUCUCAUCUCUCUUUCAAAUAACACUGGGAAGAAUGUAGAACUAAAAUUUGUGAAUUCACUCAGACGGCAAUUUGAAUUUAGUGUAGAUUCCUUUCAAAUUAUUUUGGAUCCGAUAUUAGAUUUCUACAGUGACAAAAAUGCCAAGCUAACCAAAGAAUCCUAUCCUAUUAUAGUAGCUGAAAGCAUGUAUGGAGACUUCCAAGAAGCAAUGACACAUUUGCAAUACAAACUUAUAUCUACCAGAAAACCCGAAGAAAUUAGAGGUGGUGGCCUUCUGAAGUACAGCAACUUGCUGGUUCGUGACUUCAAGCCAGCUUGUGAAGCGGAAAUCAAGACCCUGGAACGUUAUAUGUGCUCUAGAUUCUUCAUUGAUUUUCCCGAUGUCACAGAACAGCAAAAGAAAAUUGAAUCAUAUCUCCGCAACCAUUUCAUAGGUGAAGAAAAGAGCAAGUAUGACUAUCUUAUGACCUUGCGCGGAGUUGUGGAUGAAAGCACCGUUUGCCUCAUGGGACAUGAAAGAAGACAGACUCUCAAUAUGAUCACCCUUAUGGCCUUAAAAGUACUUGGAGAGCAGAAUAUUCUACCCAAUACAGACAACGUAACUUGCUUUUAUCAGCCUGCUCCAUACUUCGCAGCAGAGGGAGGAUACCCUACUUAUUUUGUAACAUCUGGGCCACCACCCAUUUUCUUCCAGCCAUACUACCCAGUGCACUUUCAUGUGCCAAAUGGUAUGGUUUAAAAACACAUAUACGACAGAAACUCUGCUUUAAUUAAACACCUCCUAAAAGCAGGUUUCAAAAUUCUAUAAAAUUUAAGAUCUAUUUUUUAUUUUUUAAUGCAGUUACUGACUAUUUUCCAUCAAUUACAGCUUAAACCAUCAUAGUAAAUACAAUAUCUAUAAACCAGCCACUUUAUUUUUUAAAUGUUACUGACUAUAAUAACUUUCAAAUAUUGUGGACCACUUAAAAUGAUUUUCAAAUUUUGCUGACUACUUAUGACUUCCGAAAUUGCUAUGACAAAUACAUUACAGAUACCUACGUCUUUGACUAAAAUACAAAAGGACAGACUCAUGUUUUAAAAUCCAGAGGUACAGUGAAGACACGUGCCAAAAUUUUUAUAUUUGAUCAGUUCCUUUCUUACAUUCACUUCAUUUUUUAUAGUAGAUAAUACCAUCAAUGAAUUAUCAGUGCUUAACAAAAAUGCCUAAUUUCAAAAACAGAUUCAAAAGACAUUAAAACCCUGGACUUUGCAAGAAUUUAUUUUGUUUCCCAAUUAAAUUGGAUUGGAUACAAAAUCCGACUAUAGUUUGAAGGAAUGUUGGGGGAAAAUGGUUCUGGAAAACACUGGCUAUUAGUAAUUUAUCAUCUAUAAAAUAAAAUAUUUAAUUUGUGUAUUUGAAAAUAAUACCAUCCAGCUGUGCAAUCAAUACUGUGACCAGUUACAUAGGUUUCUUUCUUUUUUCCCCAAAAAUAAAUUGAAAAGAAUGAAAAUGGCCAACUCUGAAUGUGAAAGCUUUUUAUCAUCAUCUAUUACAAAGAGACUCUAAAUAGAAAAUAGGAAAAAACAGUCAGAGGUUUUAAGCCAUACCAUUUACUAUUUUUAUGGCCUAUUUGACCAACAUCUUAAUGUGUUUGAAAAUAUUCAGCUUUAGUAAGUGAAAAUAUUUCCAUUAUUAUCAAAUGAAGCAUUUUUUUCAUUUUCCUUUACCAAAGAUCGGUUUUGAACAUGCCACUCAAGUGCCUCCUCAUGUGAGAUUAUGCAUAACACUAUAUUCAACAAUUGCAUAUAUUUACCAUAUAUCUGAGUAUAUGUUUACUACAUCAAAUAUGCUGCUAGCAAAUCUACCAGUGGGAUUGAAAAUGUGUUUUCUUCCCAUAAUGAAAACAAUCCAUGACCAAUAUUAUCUGGGAUGACAGAAAGGGAACUGUCCUGAAUUAAUACAGAUAAGGCCACUGGAAAACUUCAGUUAUUUUUCCUUGCGUCUGAUUUUUUACGAAUUUCUAUCUCAGUUUUUAUUUACCAUCACUCAUUUUUCCAUCAUAAUGUGACCUGACAGUCAUGUUCUGAGAAUUUGACACUUAUGGACUCUGUAUUGCAAUAUUGGACACAAGAAGUACAACAAAUACAGCAUUUUCAAAUAUCCAGUAUUUCUGAGAUAUUUUAUACCACAGCACCACUGGCCAUCAGUAUAUUUUUAAAUAUAUAUCACAGAACCUUGAGGCUUUGAGAUACUAUAUGAACUUACCCUCUUCUUUGGGACGAAUAAAGAAUUUAUAAAUACUA